CCACCGGCACAAAUCAAGUGUGGGACUGUCAGGAUGUUUAUCUCUCUGUUGUUCACCGCUGCCCUGCUGGUCCUUGCUCGGGCCCAGGACUGCCCACAAGUAGACCUCGUCACAAACUUCGACCUGGCUUCGUACGCCCAAGGCACUUGGUAUGAAAUAGCGAGGUACACCAAUGAUCUCGAGAAGUAUGGCAACUGCGUAGCCACCAACUACACCAAGAGGGGUGAUAACGACUACGUGAUCGAGGUGAGCGAGGUGCAGAACGGCAAGCGCAUCGUGUACGACGGUCUGCUGGACCUGUCCACUGACGACCAUCUCAAGGGCAUCGUCAACUAUGUGUUUUUGGACGGUAAAUCCAACUACAAGAUGGCCAUAUCGUUCCUGGCGGUGGACUACAACAGCUACGCCAUCAAGUAUUCCUGCAUGACCGAUCCCAAGGGCAAAGGCAAGAUUGAGCUGGCGUGGAUCUUCUCCCGCACCAAGCUGCUGACGGACAGCGCCGAGGCCGCCAUCGACAGCUACCUCUCCUCGUCGAAGCUCCUCGACAAGACCAAGUUCUUCUACGACGCCUUCAGCGACGACUCCUGCAAAUUCACCGACAGCAGCGUCGACAGGACUCUGCCCAAGAGAAUGACAUAA